AGGAAAAAAACUGGCAUCGGCGGCAGCGCGGUGUGGUGGCGGGCACAGGACAGGGAGGGGAGGCUGGCAGCACAGCAGGCAGCCCCGCCCCGUGCACCCCCACCGCGCCGCGCUAAGGGAGAGAGGGGCAGGGAGGAGAGAUUCGCACGGCUCGCUCAUGCACACACGCAAAACAACACCGGCUGGUUUUGGAGCCGUGCGGGCGGGGCGUGAACUGUCCCGCGGCGGCAGAGGAGGGAGGAGGAGGAGACGACGCGCACAAAACUACCAAUCCCUGCCUGCCCUGCCUCUGCAGCGCCCGAGAGCUGCUUUUUUGACCGCGUCUGCUUUCCCUCUACCCCUGCUCCCCUCUCCCUCUGAUCCAGUGCCACUACAAUACUCUACUGCGAGCGCUAGCACUUGCACCACCACUUGCGCCACGCCGCCGCCGCCGCUCCUCCCGCUCGUACCGCCAUUUGCGAGGGGAAGGGGGUGGGGUGGGGUGCGCGCGUGCUGUGAUCUGGGACGCCCGAGAUGGCCGGAGGUGGCGGAGCGGCGCCGAAGCAGGACGAGCUGACGCCGCACCCCGUGAAGGACCAGCUCCCGGGAGUCUCCUACUGCAUCACCAGCCCACCGCCGUGGCCCGAGGCCAUUCUUCUUGGGUUCCAACACUAUCUGGUCAUGUUGGGUACCACCGUGAUCAUACCAACUGCGCUAGUUCCACAAAUGGGAGGAAACAAUGAGGACAAAGCAGUGGUUAUCCAGACAUUGUUGUUUGUGGCAGGGAUCAACACCCUCCUGCAGAGUUUCUUUGGUACCAGGUUGCCUGCAGUGAUCGGCGGGUCAUACACCUUUGUUCUGCCUACCAUCUCUAUCAUCCUUGCUGGACGUUACGCCAAUGAGCCUAACCCACACACUAAAUUUCUCCACAUCAUGCGUGGAACACAAGGUGCACUGAUUGUUGCUUCGGCUCUACAGAUUAUAGUUGGCUUCAGUGGCCUUUGGCGUAAUGUUGCCAGGUAUCUGAGUCCACUGUCAGCUGCUCCUUUGGUGGCGCUAGUUGGCUUUGGACUUUAUGAGCUAGGCUUUCCCUCAGUUGCCAAGUGUGUUGAGAUUGGUCUCCCUGAACUCAUUCUACUGGUCAUCUUUGCAAUGUACCUGCCACACACUGUAUACAUGUUGAAGUCCAUCUUUGACCGAUUUGCUGUCCUAUUCACUAUCCCCAUAGUGUGGCUCUAUGCAUAUUUUCUCACCGUUGGAGGAGCGUACAAGAAUGCACCACCAAAGACCCAAUUUCAUUGCCGCACUGACCGUUCCGGAUUAAUUGGUGGCGCACCCUGGAUAAGAGUGCCAUAUCCCUUUCAAUGGGGCGCACCAACUUUUGACGCGGGUGAAGCUUUUGCAAUGAUGGCUGCAUCAUUUGUUGCUCUCGUGGAGUCUACUGGUGCCUUCAUUGCUGUUUCUAGGUACGCCAGUGCCACACCUAUCCCACCCUCUGUACUUAGCCGUGGUAUUGGCUGGCAGGGCAUUGGUAUUCUGCUGGAUGGUCUAUUUGGGACUGGAAAUGGGUCUUCUGUAUCAGUUGAAAAUGCUGGCUUGCUAGCUUUGACACGUGUUGGUAGCCGAAGGGUAGUGCAGAUAUCAGCUGGUUUCAUGAUAUUCUUCUCUAUUUUGGGCAAAUUUGGAGCUGUUUUCGCAUCAAUACCUGCACCCAUCUUUGCAGCUCUUUAUUGCAUCUUCUUUGCUUAUGCUGGUUCUGCUGGGCUUGGCUUCCUUCAGUUCUGUAAUCUCAACAGCUUUAGAACUAAGUUCAUCCUUGGGUUCUCAGUUUUCAUGGGCCUUUCAGUUCCUCAGUACUUCAACGAGUACACAUCUGUUGCUGGUUACGGUCCUGUUCACACACAUUCAAGAUGGUUUAACGACAUAGUAAAUGUGCUGUUCUCGUCGAAGGCGUUUGUUGCUGGCUUUGUUGCAUAUCUUCUGGACAACACUCUUCACAGGCAUGAAAGUUCUGUCAGAAAAGACCGAGGGCACCACUGGUGGGAUAAAUUCCGGUCAUACAGGACUGACACAAGAAGCGAGGAGUUUUAUUCCCUGCCAUUCAACCUUAACAAGUUCUUCCCAUCGGUGUGAGCUUGCUGUGAUCAAUGCGAGACACUCUGUUACUCCGAACUGUCUAUCCCCUGUUCUCUGGCAGUGACGAACUGUCGAUCUAAAUUUUCUUGGUAUAUGGAAAUACAAUGCCCUUAAAAGAUGGAUAUCCUAUGCUACAAACAGAAUUUCGCGGGCACCCUGCAAUUAUCUUCCUUAUGUUAGGUUACCGUUGUAUAUUUUAUACUCUAUUUGGGAUCAAGUAGGAAAUUUUGUUUAUGCAUGUUCAUACCUUUUUGUAGUCAACCUCACUCAGACCAGCGCUAGUAAAGUAUUGACAGUGCCAAUGUAGUGCACCAAUGCUGAUAUUGUAGGAAUCGAACCGCUGAACUGAAGCUAUUUUCUGUAUGUGAACUUCAGAAUAACAAUGUAAUGGUAACUUCGAUGGUAAAGUACUUACUGUGUGGCAGCAGGCAUCAGUAUAACCUCUGCUGCGGAGUUCUAUUUCUUCGA